CAAGAAGCAGAAUUGUCUUCGGGAAAUACCUUGUGAAAUUACACACAUCUAGCGUAACAUACUCUGCAAGGAUUACAUUACACAAGAAGCAAAUCUGAAGUGUUAUUUACCUUACUUCAGAAAUGCAGUCUAUCCAAGAUUAUGACAAGAGAGACAAACAGUCAGUUGGUAUGUCUGAUUUACAAGACUCACAGAGCUCCAAGGAUGAAAACCGGCGAGACGAAAGGGGGCAGUGGGCAUCACAGACAGAAUACCUGCUCUCCAUGAUUGGCUUCUGCGUUGCUCUUGGCAACGUGUGGCGGUUUCCCUACAUCUGCAAUCGAAAUGGAGGAGGGGCGUUCCUGAUUCCUUUCGUCAUAUGUCUGGUAUUGUGUGGCCUUCCAAUGCUCUUCCUGGAAGUGGUCCUUGGACAGUUUUCAGGAAAGAGUCCUUCACAUGUGUGGUCCCUGAUGUGUGGAGUUUAUGUCCCCUGAUGAAAGGUAUUGGUAUCGGUAUGCUGAUCCUGUGUGUUGUUUCUGCUGUCUAUCUGAACGUCAUCUGUGGGUGGGCAAUGUACUACGCCAUCUCCUCCUUCAGUGACAUCCUCCCCUGGACAAACUGCAACAACACGUGGAACACUGACUCUUGUGUCACUGGUUUCAAGGCAUUGAAUCAAAGAGUAAAUGGAGUGUUUAAUUCUACAAGCUUGAAUAAGACCAACACCUUCAAUGCAACAUACACCAUCGAGACAAGUUACGGAAACACUACCAGUCUGGAGGACAGUGAAUUGAACAAUGUUUUCCGUACGGCAGCAGAGGAAUUUUGGCACUUCAAGGCGCUCGGAAUAUCGGAAGGUAUCGAGCACACCGGAUCUAUCAAGUGGGAGAUGGCGUUGUGUCUUCUCGCUUCUUGGUUCCUCAUCUUCAUCUGUGUGGUAAAAGGCGUGAGAUCUUCUGGUAAGGCUGUGUAUGUGACCGCAACGUUGCCCUAUGUCAUCCUGGUGAUCCUGUUUAUUCGAGGCCUGACUCUACCCGGAGGAACAGAUGGAGCUCUGUUUUACAUCACUCCAAACUUUAGUAAACUUCUAGAAAUGCAGGUGUGGUUAGAGGCCUGUCUCCAGGUGUUCUACUCCCUUGGUCCGGCCUGGGGAUGCAUCAUAACAAUGUCCAGCUACACCAAGUUCCAUGCCAACUGUCUCAGGACCUGGAUUGGGCUUUGUUAUCUACCCAGAAGCCUUAGCGCAACUUCCGCUUCCUCAGUUGUGGAGUUUCAUCUUCUUUGCUAUGCUUAUCCUAUUAGCAAUGGAUUCACUAUUCUCUCAUGUUGAAACCUUCAUGGCUGCUAUCAUGGACGAGUAUCCCUCCCUACUGAGAUGGAGGGUUCCAAUCAACGCAGCCUACUGUUUGGUGUCUUUCCUCGCCGGACUUGUGAUGACG